UCAAUCCAAGGUUAACCGGUGAGUGAAUUACCUGCAACUAUUGUUUGAUGAGAAAAUAACAGAGAAAAGAAAAUAAUAUCUCUUUGUAUCUAUUCAAUCAAAAAGAUCCAAUGGUUUGUAACUGGAUCACUUUUUUUUCUCAUUGUCAAGUUUACUCAUUUUUGUUUUUUCUUUUUCUCUGUUGAUUGUUGAUUAAAUUGUUUCUCCAUUUGUACUCUUUACAAUUUGUAUUACCAUCGAAACGUGAAUCUCAGCCGGAUUUUAGUACUUCGUGCAAAAAGACCAUGAAAAUAAUUGAUUGAGUUAUUACAUAAAAAGCUUUUCUCUUUUUAUCCUUGAAUUAGUCAAAUCUUUUCUACUUUGGAUUAACGUGACGUUUAUUGUGGUGACUCUUUUUCUGCUUUGCUUUUCUCUUUUUUGAUUAAAUCAUUUAAUUUACUUUGGUGCUUUUAAUUGUUUGUCUUAAUCUAAUUUAUAUAACAUGAGUUCAACUGUUGGAAAGCCUAUCAACUGUAAAGCUGCUGUUGCUUGGGCUGCAAAUGAACCUUUGACAAUUGAACAAGUAACUGUUGACCCACCCAAGGCUGGUGAAGUUCGGGUCAAAAUUGUUUCCUCCGGAGUUUGUCACACUGAUUAUUAUACUCUAUCUGGAUUAGAUCCUGAAGGAAAAUUUCCCUGUAUCAUGGGGCACGAGGGAGCAGGUGUUGUUGAAAGUGUCGGCGAGGGAGUUACCAGUCUUGUUCCUGGUGAUCAUGUCAUUCCGUGUUACACUCAGUGUCGAGAAUGUAAAUUCUGUAAAAAUCCGAAAACUAAUCUCUGCCAGAAAAUCAGAGUCACUCAAGGCCAAGGAGUUAUGCCUGAUGGUACCUCUCGUUUUACCUGCAACGGUGUAACUGUUUUCCACUUUAUGGGAACAUCAACUUUUAGCGAAUUUACUGUUCUACCUGAGAUCGCCUGUGCUAAGAUCAAUAAAACGGCAUCGUUAGAGAAAGUUGGUCUCUUAGGUUGUGGUAUCCCCACCGGUUAUGGAGCUGUCUUGAACACCGCUGAUGUUGAACCAGGAAGCAUCUGUGCAGUCUGGGGUCUCGGUGCUGUUGGUUUAGCCGUUGGUAUCGGUUGUAAGGCUCGUCAAGCCUCACGUGUUAUCGGAAUCGAUAUCAACCCGAGUAAAUUUGAAGCCGCUCGAGAGUUUGGUUUUACUGAAUUUAUCAAUCCUCUUGACCACAAAGAUAAAACUAUUCAACAAGUACUUUUUGACCUUACAGACGGUGGACCAGAUUAUACAUUUGAGUGUAUUGGUAAUAUUCAUACCAUGAGAGCAGCUCUUGAAUCGGCUCACAAAGGUUGGGGUGUCUCAGUGAUCAUCGGUGUUGCCGCUUCAGGUAAAGAAAUAAGUACUCGACCAUUUCAACUGGUAACUGGACGAACAUGGAAAGGAACCGCUUUCGGAGGUUGGAAAAGCCGUGACGCUGUUCCUAAAUUAGUGGAAGAUUAUCUUUCAGGUAUUCUGAAGGUAGAUGAGUUCAUUACUGAAGUACUGCCACUUGAACAGAUUAACGAAGCCUUUACCUUAAUGAAAGAAGGAAAAGUUUUACGAGCGAUGGUAAAACUAAAUUAAUUCUCACCUGAUUUUAAUUAUAUUUGUACCAGUUCACAAUAUUUUUCCAAUCAAACCUGAAAUUAUAAUUUUUCUUGAGAUAAUCUGUUAUUAUCAUUGAAAUUUAUCACCAGAAAAUCCUCCUAUCGUGAUAAUGUGACGUUGUCAUGAUAAAUUCACACUCAAACAAUCAA